AUGCGCGAUAUUUCACUCUUCCGUCCCGGUCUCUACAAAACUACUCUUCCCGGUCUCUACAAAACGUUGGAUAAAGCUAACCACGAACAUUCGGUGGCAACAACAGAUCAUUGCGACAAAGGCGGUUUGCCAAGAACUCAAGGCGUACACGUGUGCUGUGUGUACUCGAUUCAAUCGAAAGAAAGAUACAGCUGCGGACCGACA